UUAAAAUAUGACGGUUAAACAAAAACAUUUAAGUUAUUAGAGCAGUACAUAGUUUGCUUCAUUAAAACAAGUAAUAUAUAUAAACAUCUGAAAAAAUGCCGAGUGAAAUGAUUACUCUACAACUUGGCCAAUGUGGCAAUCAAAUUGGUUUUGAAUUUUGGAAGCAGCUUUGCAUAGAACACGGGAUAUCUCCGGAGGGAAUAUUGGAGGAGUUUGCAUCUGCUGGUUCUGACCGUAAAGAUGUGUUCUUUUAUCAAGCAGAUGAUGACCAUUACAUACCUAGAGCAGUGCUUUUGGAUUUGGAGCCUCGUGUUAUUCACACUAUAAUGAAUUCCCCUUACGCAAAGCUUUAUAAUCCAGAGAAUGUUUACUUAUCAAAGCAUGGUGGUGGAGCUGGAAACAACUGGGCAUCUGGUUAUGCUCAGGGUGAGAAAUUGAAUGAAGAAGUCUUUGAUAUCAUUAACAGAGAAGCUGAUGGAAGUGAUAACUUAGAGGGUUUUGUUUUGUGCCACUCCAUAGCUGGAGGAACAGGAUCAGGUAUGGGAUCAUACAUAUUGGAGCACCUUUCAGACAGAUUCCCUAAGAAGCUGGUACAGACAUAUAGUGUCUUUCCAAACUUGGAUGAAAUCAGUGAUGUAGUUGUCCAACCCUACAACUCACUGUUAACUUUGAAGAGAUUGACAGAAAGUGCAGAUUGUGUGAUGGUUUUGGACAACACUGCUCUUAACAGGAUUGCUAGUGACCGAUUGCAUAUACAAAACCCAUCAUUUGCACAAAUUAAUACACUUGUGUCCACAAUCAUGAGUGCUAGUACAGCUACAUUGAGGUAUCCAUCCUACAUGAACAAUGACCUAAUAAGCCUAGUGGCUCCACUGAUACCGACUCCACGUUUACACUUCCUCAUGACUGGUUAUACUCCUCUCACAGCUGACCAUGACCUUAAUACUGCCCCUAAGAUUCGUAAGACAACUGUGCUGGAUGUAAUGCAGAGACUUCUUCAACCAAAGAACAUGAUGGUAUCACUGAGCCCUGAUAGAGCAAACCAACACUGCUACAUCUCCAUACUGAAUAUUAUUCAGGGGGAGGUAGACCCAUCUCAGGUGCAUAAGUCUCUACAACGCAUCCGCGAACGCAAACUGGCAUCGUUUAUUCCGUGGGGUCCAGCCUCCAUACAAGUAGCAUUGUCCCGACGUUCGCCCUAUGUCACAGCGUCGCACAAAGUGUCUGGCCUACUUCUUGCUAAUCAUACAAACAUUUCCUCAUUGUUUGACCGGUGUCUGCAACAAUUCGAUAAACUUCGCAAGCGCGAGGCUUUUAUAGACGUAUUUCGCAAAGAACCUAUGUUCCGGAACUCACUGGUGGAGUUUGAUGAAUCCCGUUCGGUCGUAGAUGAAUUAGUUCGUGAAUACCAGGCAGCUGCUACACCUGAUUAUGUCCAUUGGAACCCAGAAAGCAGCAUCUAAGGAAAGCCAGUGUCAGCGAAUGACAUUAACUAGAGACUGACGUUAAAGUAUUCUUAAGUUACAUUGAACCAGUGCCAUUAACUGCAUGUCUCGAAUUUGUUAAUCUGAUAAUGCCAUAUGUAUAUACAUACUCACGCCUAGUUUUAGGGUUUUACUAACUUCUUGUGAUAUGAAGUAUUGAAGCGCGUAUCAAUUUAGUUUGUACAAAUUGAUAGAUCUGAUUGUUGGAGAAGGUUAUAAAAUAAAAACCACAUUUUAUUACGUUUUUAUUUGUAUAAGUCUUAUUGUAAGUCUAAAUCUCAAUAUUCUUUACAUCAAUUGUGUGCUGAGUGAUAGGAUUUUGAUAUAAAUCAUAUGAAAACAAACUUACUUACAAUUAGUGUUUUAAAGUCUAAUUUAAAAUUAUCAAAAUUCCUUCUUAAAACAUGUUAAUGUCCAUGAUAAUGUUGUUAAAUGAUUUUGCACAUAUUUCCAAAAUUGGCUAUAAUGUAUAGCACCAUUUAAUGAAUGAGCGCUAUAAAGGUAUAAAGGUGUUUCAGUAUACCAUUAAUUUAGUUUUCAAAAAAUAAUUUGCAUGGUUGUAUGACAAUAGAUAAAUUAUAGAUUAUAGACUACAAUAAAGUUCAGGCCUUGAUUAUUUAUUUUGGAAAUAGUCAAUAUUAAUUAUAACUGCGUUUUCAUAUAAUAAAUAGAUGAACUGCAGAAAGUAUUCCUUUUCACUUUUGAUAUUAUUAUAUUAAUGUUAUCAAUAAUCUAUGGCAACACUACUUUAAAUAUUACAUACAGCAUCCUAGUAAGUGAUCCUGGAUAGCAAAUGUUAAAAAAGUUCAGAUCCCUGUCACUUAGGUUACUGUUAACUAGUAAAGAUUAGUAGGCAUAAAAUAUGUAACUUAGCAGGAGGAACUAAAUGUUAACAGCACAUUUUUAUCACUCACCCACUCAUGCAUUUAACAAACAUUUAUACAUAAAUAUAACAGUUGUUUUUAAACACUUGUCUCAUUUCCAACAUUACAUGAAAAAGUGCAGUGUAAAAGCAAUUCACAAAAGAUGUCUGAUCGUAAAUAAUAAGGCCUCAUUGAAAGCAACUUAUUGUUGUGAUAAA